AUGCCUCACUUAGAUGAGGAGGGAGUUCUAAAUACCCAAAGGAACACUCGGAUUCCUCCUGUGUGCAGGUUGCUCUUCUUGAAGCUAAAAGCCCAGAACGAAAGGGAGAAAUUUGCCUUCUGCUCUGUGAAGGGCUGUGAGAGAAUCAAGAUUAAAGCUCUGAUCCCAAGGAAUGCAGGCGUCAGCGACUGCACAGCCACUGCUUACCCCAGGUUCACCGAAAGGGCUGUAGUGGAUGUACCAAUGCCCAGGAAGCUCUUUGGGGCUCAGCUGAAGACGAAAGACCACUUCCUAGAAGUGAAGAUGGAAAGUUCCAGGCAGCACUACUUUCACCUUCGAAAUGACUUUGCUUAUAUUGAAGUAAGCAAUGUUGGCCCUGCAAGGUCUAAGGGGGUGGGGUAAUAGUCACUUGUGCAUCGCUGGCCACAAUACCUGACAACUUAAGGGAAGAAACAUUAUUUUGGCUUAUGGUUUCCGAGAGCUUUGAUCCAUUUUGGUGGGAGGGCACAAUGGAGCAACUCAGCCCAUGGAAGCAUGAGCAGGACCAGGAAGCAGCGAGAAGGGAACAGAGGCCAGGAAUAAUUUUCUCAAAGACAAAUUUUCUAGUUUGCUUUCUAUUGCUGUGAUAAAACACUCUGAUCAAAAGCAACUUAAGGGAGGAAAGGGCCUAUUUCAUCUUACAUCUCCCAGGUCAUAGCUCAUCAUUAAGGG